UCACGCUUGAGCUGUGACCAUUAAGAGCUGCUGAACGUCAACGAAUAGAAACAAAUUUCAGUGCAGCUAAAACUUACUGCAAAGCCACACCCCAGCCACUAGUGCAAAGAAUAGCAGUGCAAUCACAUUGUAGCUUAUAACAAGGAUUAUUUUAGAAACAUCAGAAGAAAUAAAGAAUAAGAAUGGCUGUAGAAGGUUGUGGAAAGUGUAUUAAGUAUCUUGUCUUCAUAUUUAAUUUGUUGUUCUUCUUUUCUGGCAUCGGUAUCUUAGCAGGGGGCGCUUACCUAGCUAGUCAACAGGGAGGGUAUGGCACCCUGCUCCCCAGUAUUCCCGUGGCCAGUGCAGCAAAUCUUCUUAUCGCUACCGGAGUCAUCGUUCUAAUCGUCUCCUUCUUUGGAUGUCUCGGAGCCUACAAAGAAAACCCAUGCCUUCUGAUGACGUUCUUCCUGUUCCUGCUCCUUAUCUUUAUUCUGGAGCUUGCAGCAGGUAUUGUUGGUUUCAUUUACCGUAGCGAUAUUGAAGAUUACGUGACUAAAGAUUUGAUGGCAGGUCUGUCAAACUAUAACAGAACAAACGAAGGAGGACUUACUGAUGCCUGGGACUUGUUGCAAAAACAAGAGAUGUGCUGUGGUGUCAGCAACUACACUGACUGGAAUGUAACCAUGUUGUAUGGCAACAUGAACAGUGUUCCAGCAAGUUGUUGUAAGGGUGACGAUAUGAGUGCGGACUGUGGAGAUGGUGUUUUAAGUAUACCUAAUCCUAGUGUUUAUACAACUGGCUGCAAACAAGCUUUGAAGGAUGAUUUCGACAAAUAUUUGUUCCAGAUCGGUGCUCUUGGUAUUGCAAUUGGUCUUUUCCAAAUAGUCGGCCUAGCCCUCUCACUAAUCCUGUACUACCAAGUGAAGGGAGCGGAACAGUAGUCAGUCAUUCAACUCAUUUCAUACUAUUCUUGGCAUGGUGUUUGCCAUGGUUCUCUACACACAAAUACGAAAUCAAGGCGAAUUUGCAUAAACAAAACCGGAAUCUCUCCAUCUUCUGCACUAGUAAUCGGGACAACUUGCAACUUUAAUCCGAAAGCCAACUAAUAACCGCAAAAAAAAUAAAAAGGAUUUCUACCGGGUGUCUUUGGUGUUCUAUUUACGUUUUGGAAAGUAACAUUUUUAUAAGGUUGCAGGAAUGGGGAUAUGUGUGUGUGAGAUAGGUAACAGGGUAGGGUAUGCGUUUCUCGGUGGACAUUAACAUUGAAGUAGGUAGGGUACAAUCGGUACAACUGUAUAUUAACCAUCUACUGCUGAAGUUUAACUAACAUCUAAAUUUACAAUUCCUGCUUUUUUAACAACUGAGUUAACCAUAGUUUAUAACUAUCUUUUGCUUUAUUGAUAUACUGUAAGUAAACUAUCAAAUUGUGAGGGCGCCCUUUCAUAUUUUUUUCUUACAGCUUGUUGGAAUGUUUUUCAGUUGUAUUUUGUAUCUGCAAACUAGGAAGUAAAAUGUCUCACAACUCACAACAAGUUAAUAGUAUUCAUCUCUUGGAUAGCUUGCCUGAACUUGCCUUAACUGGGCUUGGAACAAUUUUAUUUGUUUUUAAGAAUAUAAAAACAUGUUUGUAAUCUUAGUUUAGCUGUGAUGAGAUUAUGUUAUUACAGAUUUUGCAUGCCGUAGGUUUGUCUUCCGAUGUAGAUUUUAGAAAAUAUAACGAACAAAAUUCCAUUCAGAGGUGCAGGGUUGGCUGUAAAUAAGGUUUCUUUGAAACUCUAUGCCCGUCUUAAAAAGAAAAAAAAAGUUUUUUAGCUUUUGUUUUUACAAACAUUGUCAUCUAUUUUAUAGAUAGAAUAAAUAACUUUUCCAUUCUACUAGAUUUCUAGUUUAUUUUUUACUAUUUUCUAAUACUGUACAUGUUUAUGAAAUCAAAUCAUGUAAAUUUUUAAAUUCUUGUACCUUGUUCAACAAAACUACUGACAAUAUCUGUCUUAAUUUUAUACAUCUAUAUUAUUUAUUUGUUAGUGCUUUUUUCUUCUUUUUCAGAAAUGUACAAAACUUUAUAUAUAACAUCAAACUAUUUUAUUUCAGUAGUAUUGAUAUGACUGAAGACAGUUAAAUGUUUUUUUUUUUUGGUUUUUUUUUAAUGUCUGAUUUUGUACAUUUGAGUGUUUGUACAGUUUGGGAAGAAGAUACAGCAUAUUAGUUUCAAUAGAAUUUUAAUUUCAAAUGUAAAUAUUAACAUUGUUAUGUAGGAUUGUGACAUUGAAUAAGCUGGUUCAAUCGGAGGACAUUAGCUCUGAGUGAAUGAACUUCCCUAACUCAACUACAAACAUCGGCUUGCGUUCAUUUUAUAUAUAUAUUUCAUAUCCAUUGUUUGUGAUGUCUCUAUUAGAGAGAAUUUAAUACAUGUUAGAAGCAAAGAGAGAGGGGCAUUUUGAGGACUACGCCAAGACAACAUCAAACAUGAACAUGUUACCAACGCAUCCCACAAUGCAUCUGAAAAGAUCAACCAAUGAAAGCAAUGGAAUUACAUCUUUAUAAUAGCACAAUGUCUGCUUUAAGAAUCCCAAUACAGAUUGGUUUUGGUAAUAUGUUUGAAACCUUUCUCUUUGCUUUAAACAUUCCCAAGUAUCUGUAAGCCUUUACAUCAGAAAAUUGGUCAUUAUUCAGAAAUGAUAAUAAAGAAAACAUAGACAUUUA